AUGACUGACCGUCACGUCUUUAUGAGUCAAAAUAACUAUGCGAGAUUUGAAGAAGCCCUUGAAUCUAUAGUAGCUGAUGAAAAUGAUGAUGCGCAGUACGACGUAUUUUUAUUGCCACCAGAUCCAGCUAUUGUUAGUGAUGAAGAAGAAGGUAAUGAAGAUGACUUGUCUUCUACAACUUUCCCGAGAGACGUACCGGGUACAGUUGAGGUAGCCCCACUGCAUCCUGCUCAUGAUGUUUCGGACUGGGAUGACAGUGAUAACGAGUCAUUGUCCAUUCACUCACGACCUGCAAAGCGGGCUAGAAGGCGAGAUUCUAACGAGCCUGUAUGGAGAAAAACUUUACCCUUAUACAGCAUGACCAUGCUACUGGUAUCAUUCAGCGACGACAAGAAAUCCUCGUUGAAUCUUUGA